GGGAAACUAAACUGAAUCAAAUUGAUUAUGUUAGCCAUUUCAAACCGAGGAGGAGAGAAAUUGAAUAAUCUACUUAAAAAAGGCGGAAGAGCUGCGGAAGCAGCAAAGAAAGAGAGAGACGGACGGACAGAAAGAGUGAAAGACAGAGCAGCAACACAAGUCACAAGGUGAAGGAGACAAAUUUCUGUGCUCUCAUCUUUGCGUAGUGGAGUUCCUCUUGGGUCAGCUUCAACUCGUUCCGUGCUCAACCGCCUCUGUGCCCAAUUCCGACUCCCCACCCACUGAACCAAAAGAUCACCAAGUUUUAUCGAUUUGCUGCUCAAAAGAGGACAAGGGUCUCUUUUGAUUAGCACCUUGAAAUUUCCCUGAUUUCUUUCUUCUUACUCAUUGGCUUCUGCUGAGUUCUACUGGGUUGGCCGGAGAUUUUGACCAAUCGAAGGUUUGUUGUCCACCAGCUACUUCUUCUGGAGCUUGAGAUGUUCAACUAUUGAAUUUUAAUGGGCACAAGGUCUCUCUCCAUAGAUACUCCAGAUUCUCUUUAUGAGAGAGAUCUGGUAGAAGGAGCAGGUAAAGUUAGCCGAGGUGGAGGGAGCUUCAAAAACCAUGACUCCAGUUUGGUUGUAGAGCAGAGGUCAAGUCCAUUGAGAAGAGAAGCAGUCAACAGGUCAGCAUUUGCAAUGAAGACACAUGAAAAUGGAGAAAUUGAUUUGGAAGAUGGAAAGUUGGAAAAGCCUGUAGAUAAACUUAUGCGCAGUAACAAAGUAAUUGUGCAUAAUCAGGCCUUAUUAGCUGGCCUAGCAUAUUGUAUUUCUUCGUGCAGCAUGAUACUGGUCAACAAAUUUGUGCUUUCCAGCUACAACUUCAAUGCUGGUAUAUCUUUGAUGUUGUACCAGAACUUGAUUUCAGUAAUUAUCGUAACAUCAUUGAGCCUCCUGGGGGUAAUCUCAACAGAACCACUAACAUGGAGAUUGAUCAAAGUCUGGUUGCCUGUUAAUGUCAUAUUUGUUGGAAUGCUCAUCACAAGCAUGUUUAGUUUGAAGUAUAUCAAUGUUGCCAUGGUCACAGUUUUGAAGAACGUGACUAAUGUUAUCACUGCAGUUGGCGAGAUGUAUCUAUUCCAGAAGCACCAUGAUAAUAGAGUGUGGGUGGCUUUAUUCUUAAUGAUUGUUUCAGCCAUUUCCGGAGGCCUCACCGAUCUCUCUUUUCAUGCUGUUGGCUACACAUGGCAAAUCAUUAACUGUUUUUUGACUGCAUCAUAUUCGCUCACUCUACGUCGGGUGAUGGAUACAGCAAAGCAAGUUACUAGAUCUGGGAACCUAAACGAGUUCUCAAUGGUCAUGCUCAACAACACUCUUUCUCUUCCUUUGGGCCUUGUUCUCAUAUUUGUAUUCAAUGAGGUGGACUACCUCACAACAACGCCCCUUUUGAGAUUACCAGUCUUCUGGCUAGUAAUGACGUUGAGCGGGUUCUUGGGCCUCGCUAUCAGCUUCACGUCUAUGUGGUUUCUUCACCAGACAGGGGCUACCACAUACAGCCUAGUUGGAUCAUUGAAUAAGAUUCCUUUAUCUCUUGCUGGCAUCCUGUUGUUCAAAGUACCUACAAGCUUGGAGAACUCUGCCAGCAUCCUCUUCGGUUUGUUGGCUGGAGUAUUUUUCGCCAGAGCUAAAAUGCGUGAGAGACCAUAAUUUGGUGACUGAAUCUGAUGGCAAAACUGCUGAUGCAUACAGCAUUAGGUAUCUCCCUCCUUAGCUCAUGGAAGUGCAUGAAACCCUGCUAACUUCGAGAACCACUGGUCCAAAUAGAUUUUGUACACUUAUUUACCAAGCCGCCAUCUGGGUCAGCUGCUACUACGCCUUAAUACUUCUGCAAUGGAAUGCGAGGUCUGCAUUCCCUCUUUACUGCCAUCCAUUUUGCUUAUGAAAAUUGAUGUAUGUAUCUGUGUGUUUUUUGUUGGGCAAGACGCCCAUUGUAUCAGCUCUUUCUUGAACUGGCCACUGGGUGCUUCUAGGAUAUGAUGAUUAGGUCCGAGAAAUGGCCAUUUGCAUUGUAACUUAUAUGAACCGAACCCUUGCUCAAGGGAACUAAAAACGAAUGAACAGCAAGAGGAUCACGAUAACCUCUGCUGAUCUCCUCAUUCACGAUAACAAAGAUACCAAUACAAUGAUAAAGUAUCUAUACAUUAGCGGAAGUACAGGUACUAUAAAAUUUUGGCAGAUCGAACAAAACUUGUUUAGCUUUAGGACGCAGCAGAGUUCUCGGUUACAGGUGAAGAUUCUGGCUGGACCUCUGAUUGAGCCUCUACCUGGGGAGCUUCUGAUGCAGCGGACUCUGUUUCUGUCACGGCAGAUUCUGUCUGCACGGGUGGCGCAACAGACUCCGGUUCAGUCGGUGCUGCAGCUUGGAAGACCUCCGGUGGCUUGAACUUGUUGAUGUAGUAGGUCAAAGAUGGGCCGUUGUAUGCAGCCGUCUGCACCUGAGGCGGCGGUGCGUUCUUGUUGACUUGAAGCAGAAUCGACGAAGCAGCUGCGAUGGCAAUCAGGGCAAGGCCGCCGGAGAUUGCAGCUGUGUUUUCAGCUCCGCUGGAUGAAGAACCAGCAGCGCCUGAACUUAUAGCACUCUCGGCUACAUAAACCGUCGGCUCGACGGAGUAGAUAUUGGUCUGCCCGGCGGUAUCUUUCUCGACGUAGCCGGUGUACGGACGGCCACGAGUGCGAGGUGGGAACGUUCCCACCACUUUGGUUUUCUCCUCGGCUACCCAAUCCAUGCUUAUCUUUCCGACCUCCUUCUCAGGAGCACAUUCCUCGGUGUUGCAAUCGGAAUCGACCUCGGACGAAGAAGCUCUGACGGUGAAAAGCUUCAAACUUGGCCGCCUGCCGCUCUGGAAACUAGGCCAUCUCCUGUUUGAAGCUGUGAAUGAGCAGGCGUUGGCUGAUGAUAUGAUUGCCUGCGAAGAAGAAGCGCAUGCCAAAGCCAUGACCUUUCUCCCCUCUCUUGCUCUCUAUCUGCUUCCUAGAAUUUACCUCCAGACAGAGAGCAGUUGGUUCGAAAGCCGGAUUGCCUGUAAUGGAGGAGGAAAUCGAACCCAAUUGAGCAAAUAAGGCUGAUGAGAAUCUGAAGUAAAUUUUCAGAGAAUCGUGUUCGAUUGGAAUUGAGACGACGGGAGAGAGUGAGAGAGGCAAAGGUUCUUGCCAGUUUUCGGAUUGAAGUAGGAAUUUUGUGUGGUGGAAUGGAAACGGAGCAGGCUUACGUGCCACGUCGUAACUCCUAAGGAGUUGUAAGUUGGAACCAUGGAUACGUCUUGGACUCUUGGGCCUUAGGACUAGGAGGAUACCCCAGUGGUCGUAACCCAAAUUCUUUGCGAGUUGGAGUUUGGACUUUUCCCUUUCUCCAUCUGGUCUCUUUCUUUCUUUCUUCCUGCUCUAA